CCUGACGUCAUUUCUCUUAUCAGAAAAAUAAAAAUAAGGAACAAGAUUCUCUCAUCUGAGCAUCGAACCAAUUUAUAUUCAAUAGGCUUCACCAACAAUACUCCCAGGCUUGGUUUACUAUUGGCCAAAAUGAACACCUGGCAGCGAAACGUUCGAAUGCUACAUCAAAUAAGCGAGAUACUGGACCUCGACUCCGCCAAAUCAGAUACAGUUGCCGAGCUCAUCGAGCUCAUUGAAGCAAUGCGAGAAGGUCUUACUCAAGUUAACGAAGAAUGUCGGAUCGCAGACUCUCAAAUUAACAUUCUAUUUCUAAACAAGCUGAGGUCACGACCAGAAUGGAAGAGCUGGGCGACGGAUAUGCUUCGUAAUAGUCGAUUGGACUCUUCAAACCCAACAGACAAGAUGACGUUCCAAGAGCUUUCAGAGUUGGCUAUGAGACAUGAAAAGGUCAUGAAGGGGAAGAAGCGAAAUAUCCAACAUUCGCGGAGUAAAAGCACGCCUCAUUCUUCUCUUGAUGUACCAUCGUCUCGAAAGCUUACGCAGGAGGAAAUAAACGCAUUCGUUGUUCAGCAGAUGAAACGAGAUGAAAAGGCACCACGACAUAAUGAAACCGUUCGGCAGCACAGCAAAAAACCCAGUCAAGAGGAGAUUAAUCACUAUGUUGCCCAGCAGAUGCGUCGGGAACAAGAGCGCAAAACGAGGAUGAGAAGCCACAGUCAGCCGGAGCCGAGAGCGCAAACAACCCAUGUGCGAUCAGCGCCCACGCGCUGUACUUUCUGUGGUGACUCUUCUCACCGGUACGACAAUUGCUGGCGUCGAUUCAGGGUGGCUGUUGAGGUACCACAUGGUAACUUCGUGCCGAAGCGUGUCGAAUUUAGGACAGAAGUUCCAGGCCAACCUCCUAUGUAUCGGUCGGGAUUUAGUCUUGUUUAGGGCCGUUUCUUUUGUCCCCUCCGUAAGUUUGGCGAUGACGAGGACAUAGAGCCGAUAUUACGGUUGAAUACGGUUACACGAUCUACUGCUUCGCUUCAUCUUUUCGUGGAAAAUAUCAAUCUCGG